GCGCGCACGCAUCAUGGGUGGAUCUUAUAAAGUUACGCACCUGCUGAGCUGUCGACCGCUUCAAGAGCUGUGGUUUAAACUACGCAUUAUGAGUUUACCAGACUAUAAAUCUUCUGGAAAACAGUCUACAGCACCCGUACAUUCGAAAUCUCAAGUUAUACAGCUCAAUAUCGGCGGUCAUGUCUUCUGCACCACCCUCGUCACCAUUCGUAGGUUCCCAAACUCAACACUUGCAGAACUGUUUAACGGCCCAUCCAAACCUCGGAUGGAUUCAGAGGGUCGUUACUUCAUAGAUCGUGACGGGACUUACUUUGGGUACAUCCUCGAGUACCUCAGAACAGAGAGCCUCCCAACGAAACACUUACAUGAAGUGCACAAAGAUGCGUUAUACUACGACAUCAAACCUCUGAUCAAAGCCAUCGAAGAGACGCCUCAGUUCUUUGGAGAGUCGGUGGGAAGACAGCAGUUUCUGACCUGUGUGCCGAAUUACCGUGAAAACCUGGAGGUGAUUGUAAAGGUAGCCAGAGCUGAGGCCAUCGCCUCACGGUACUCUACAAUAACCGUGUGUGUUGUCAGGACAGAAGAGGAUUUGGCCAAAUACAACGAUGCCAUUGACAGUCUCGGGUCUCCGAAAGAAUCCGUGGUGAGCUUUGGUCCUUGGAAAGCUCCAGCUUCAGCGGAGGACCUGUUAGACUGCAUCAAAAUGGACAUAGAAGCUAAAGGAUAUAAUGUUAAGAUCCAGCCACACAACAAAGGGUUUCUCUUCAAGAGCCACAACUUCUUCUAUAAACUGAUUUUUACGUGGUGGUGAUAGAUGUGGGGACCAGGAAUCAGGCAAUUAAUUAUGCCUUGCAAAAAGUGAUUUUAAAAAGGGAAUCAAUGUUUUAACUAUUAAGAGAAUGUAAAAUCUGAUAGACUUCAAUUUAUUUUGACAUGAAGAAUGACAGGAUCUGUUUUUUAUGACAGCAUAUAAGUAUGAUAGAUUUUGUAUCUGUAACUGGCCUUCCUUGUUUAAUACUGACUCUAGUUGUACUGUCCCUGUCCAGUAUAGCCUACAUUUUCUGUAUACUGUACAUCGCUCGUAAUAAUACAGUAUCCCAUACUUUUAGUGACAUUUUAUAACAUUUGAAUGUUGACACGGGUCUAUUAAUGACUGUAUACAUUUGUGCUAUGCAUAAGUGAUGAGUAUAUGUGGUGCAUUGUUUACUCCGGUUUUUCACAAAACUUCCAUAUAAGAGGUAAUGUUCCAUAGACAUUUCCAGAGAAAAUCGUAGAGGUAAAGAUUUCAAAAUCCUCUAGGAUUUGUUUGUACGCUGUAGCUGUUGUUUCUAUUCACAAAAGUCAGCAGUAAAUAAACAUAAUUUGGUAAAGUAAAAUGCUUGGUGUUACAUUGUCUACUAUAACAUCUACUAAUUGUUACAUAUGUUUCGUUUAAAUAUGAUAUUCUCUGUUAAGAUUAUAUUAUAUUUGCUU